ACCAAAGCCCCGCCCCUUACUUAAAAUACGCCACACAAAACUCCAGGAAACUCGACUAAAACGUCAAAUUCGUAAUUAUAUAUCACAUAAUUAAAAUAUAUAUAUAAAUAUUAAAAUUAAUUUAAAUAUAUUUUAAUUGAUAAGCAUUUUAUACAGAAUUGUGAGGUUAUUCGUGAUCUGGUGUAUUCACUGGCAUGAACUAAGAUAGCAUAUACCUUAGUUGUGUAAAAGCUUACAUUAAAAAUAAAAAUAAAUGUUGGUUUGAGAAUCAAUAUGUGGCACAUCAAAUAUAUGUUGGUUGAGCGCCACAAAUCAGCAAAUUGAAGCUAAAAAAUAAGCGAGGACAACUAAAGCUGAUGCUAAUGCUAAAGCUAACUGUAACAACUAAAGCUAAUGCUAAUGUUAAAGCUAACUAACUGAAAUGGCGUUCAAUAUUUCACCAAAUUUAGACAGUCUUCUCUGCCAGUUGGUUGUUGAAUUUCGUGAGCUUUCUGCGAAGAAGAAACAAAUCGACCAACAAAUUGAAGUUUAUAGAGCUGACAUUGCAGAAAGGAGGACUUAUAUUGAAAAAACGCGCAGAAAUAUAGAUGAAGUGGGUGAGGAAAUUGGAUUGAAACGGAACACUCUGAAACACAACAGGGAAGUUGCAAAAAGCAUGAAGGCGACUCAGGGCUUGCUGCUUCAGUAUGAGCGGACUCUGAGAGCAGAACUGGAGAGCAUUAAAGUCAAUUACAACAAUGACAAGGACGUGUACGCAGACAAAAUUGUAAGCUACAGGCAGCUGUUUCAGGCUCAUAAAAAGCCAUUUGCCCAAAAGCUGCAGGCUUACAAUGAUGACAUGGAAGGAGGCCAUCACCUAGAGACUGUUGCCCAGUCAUCUUCUUCAGAGCAAUCAGCUGACAGUGACCCUCAGCAGCUGCACACCAACGACCCAGCCAUAGAAACGCAGCCUUCAUUUCUGGAAGAUUCUAUUACUGCCAUCACUUCUGUCAUUCUCGACGAGAAAAAGAGAUGGCAGAGUGGUCCAGAAGCUGCAGCAGAUGGGACUACUGAAGACAUGGGUGCAGAAAGUGAAGUUCAGAAAUGCAGUGCUGAUAAAACAAGAGGCAAUAAGCAAAGUGUGAAGUUAAAUCCACAAACAGAGAAGCAACAUGAGAUGCACAGUGAGGAAGAAGAGGACCAAGAAAUUGUGGCAGCAACAGUAUCAGAGAUAGAGGAGGCAGCAGAGGAAGACAUGGAAGAAAGAGCAGCAGAGCAAGAGCAAACACUGUGCCACGUGAAUAAUGAAGAGCAAGUCACUCUUCCUCCAUUACCGUGUGAGGUUGCUCACCCUCAGUCUUCCUCUACUCCAAACGACAGUGUGCCUGUAACUCCGUCAUUCCACUUUAAGUUUAGCCCAGCUUGUUCCCCAAUUCAGGAAACGUCCGACAACAACAAAUCUCCAGCUUUCACGUUCUCUCUGACCUCAAAUCCCUGCACCCCAGGCUUCUCCGGUUUUGGGUUUGAUGUGGUCUCCUCUAACGAUGAGGUGAGAGGGGCGGAAAAAACAGUCUGA